AUGUCUCUAGUGAAGAGUUGCUCUCGAACCAUCACAUUCUUCAGCUCGAAACCCUACGUAAAACAAUCAUUCAAUGCUCUGAAUGAAAAGGUGAAUGAAAAAUUCAGAAAAGAUUAUUCUUUUCUUCAACAAUAUUAUUCUGGAUCAAAAUUGUUGAUCGAUUCGAAAGGUACUAGUCCGUAUGAUUAUUUGCCAAAUUAUGAAAGAUUCAUGUCGUAUUCUGGUCCUUUUCAUUUAAAAUUUGUUGAUGCUAGAUUGACUGAAUCGACUGUAGAACUUGCUGAACAUUCUGAUUUUGUAUCUGUGUUUGUGAAUGAUUGUUUGAAUAGAAAUGUAUUACAGACAUUGAGUCACAAGUAUGGAAUUAAAUGUGUUGCUCUGAGAAGUGCUGGAUUUAACAAUGUUGAUUUGUCAGCAGCAAGUGAAUUUGGAGUGAAAGUUUGUAGAGUUCCUGAAUACAGCCCUGCUGCUACUGCAGAUUUCACUAUUGCAUUGAUUAUGGCUUUGAAUAGAAAAAUUCAUAAAGCUUUUAAUAGAUUAAGAGAUAGUGAUUUUAGUUUGGAUGGAUUAAUGGGAUUCAACAUGUCUUCAAAGGUUUUUGGUAUUGUUGGAGGAUCUGGAAAAAUUGGAAAAUUAGUUGCCAAAUGUUUAAGAAUGGGUUUUGGAGCAAGAGUAAUUGUUUACGAUAGUUAUAGAGAUCCAGAAUUAGUCAAUAUGGGUAUUGAGUUUGUUGAUAAUAUAGAUAGUAUUUAUGCUCAUUCUGAUGUUAUUUGCCUUCAUUGUCCUUUAAUUAAAGGAGUUACUGAACACUUGAUAAACUCUGAGAGUAUCUCUAAAAUGAAAGAUGGUGUCAUGAUUAUUAACACUUCUAGAGGAGGAUUAUGUAGAACUGACGAUUUAAUUGAAGGAUUAAAGAGUCAAAAAAUUGGAAGUUUAGGUAUUGAUGUCUAUGAAUUUGAGCAAGAUUUAUUCUUUGAAGAUAGAAGAUUUGAAAUCAUUAAGGAUGACACCUUCACAAGAUUAUUGACAUUCCCUAAUGUAAUUGUAACACCUCAUCAAGCUUUCUUUACUCAAGAGGCAAUUUCUAACAUUGCACAAACAACGCUUGAGAGUCUUUACAGUUUUGAUAUUAGUGGUCAAAUCAAACAACCAAAUGUUUUGAACUAA